AUGUGCAGCAACUUUGAGGACAUUUUUGAUGCGAGACACUUCAUUGAUUCACUAAGAGAUGAAGUUCGAAUUGUCAAAAGGUUGCCAAAGAGGUUUACCAGCAGAUAUGGAUAUCAAUCUCUAGAAAUGCCUCCUAUUAGUUGGUCAAAUGACAAAUACUACUUGCAAAACAGAUCCUGUCGUUUUUCAAAACUCAGAUGCCGUGUUAAUUAUCUGGCUCUCAAAUUCACUCCCCAGAUUGAGGCUCUGGGGUUCCAAUUGGUUCAUGCCCUUCAAGGGAGGGGACCAUUCGUAGCGUUGCAUCAAUUCGAGCACAAUAUGAGAUGUGCAUGGUUAGUUUUUGGGAUUAUUGGAGUUAGUAUUUAA